GUAUUUUCUAAUCUGAUUGAUAUGAUUAUUUUUUACCAAUCUGUAAAUUUAUACUAAAAUUUUGUUUUCCAGAAUAAUGUCGGUAUCUCGAAGUGUGCGUUUAUGUCGCCUUUUAUCUGUUUCCACAAGAAGGGCAUACAGCGAUAGCACUGAUCGAGUAGUUAUCAAGCCUAUUGCCCGAGCACCAAAAAUUUACACGAAAACUGGGGACAAAGGAACCUCAGCACUUUAUACCGGAGAAAGAAGGCCGAAAGAUGAUAAGGUUUUUGAAGCUUUGGGUUCCACAGACGAAUUAUCCAGUCACAUAGGGUUGGCUAUAGCAUUUGCGGAAGAACAGAAGCAUCCGUAUAUUGGACAGCUUCAGAGAGUACAGUGUAUCUUACAGGAUAUUGGAUCCUGUAUAGCUACCCCGAGAAGUACAGCUAGGGAUUCACAUUUGAUUAAAACUGGAUUUAGCUCCAGGCAUACUGGAGAAUUGGAGGUUUGGAUUGAUGAAUAUACUGCUCAGCUACCACCUUUAGAGAACUUCAUAUUACCAGGAGGCGGAAAAACUGCCUCACAGAUACAUAUAUGUAGAGCAGUUUGCAGGAAAGCGGAAAGAUGUGUUACACCUUUGGUUUCCUCUGAUGAAUGUGAACCCGAGACACAGAAAUAUUUGAACAGAUUGUCAGACUUCCUUUUUACUAUUGCAAGGUUUACUGCAAUGUUAGAGGGUAACUCAGAGAACAUUUAUACAAGGCCGGAAAACCGAGGAAAAACUUAAACUCCAUCUUUAGAGGGAAUCUGGAAGAAGAAAAAAUAAUCCACAGUUCUCAUUCUGGUUUUCAAUGAUUUCAUAACUUAAAUUUUUUGUUGAUUGGACUGUAAGCUGAAUUUUAAGUGAACCUCCAUGCAAAGAUGGAAAAGCCCGAUUCAUUACUGUACCCUUGAAACCUUUAUCUGAUCAAAAAUGUGGAAGAUAUUGUCGUUUUUUUAGAUUCAUAUUUGUUUUCCUGAAGUAGAAAUGCAGGUUACUUUUAUAAAGAACCCACAUUUAUAAAUAAUCAGUUUUUAAUUAAUAAUUAUAAAGUCAUACUUUAUCAGACAACACUUGUAAGGUUACCGUUGUGAAUGGGGCAUUGCCAUCUUUGCAUGUAGGUUCACUUGAAAUUACGCUUACAGUCCCGUUAAAUGUUGUAUUCUCUUUAUAUAUCAAGUAAUAAUUUUAGCAGGUGUAAAAUAAUCUAGUUAUAGUAUACGUGCAUUGAGAAUAUUCCGUGUCCUUAAAUAUAUUCUUACAG